AUGGUGGUCUCGGGUGCACAUAUCAGACGUUCGGAUUCUGGCUUUCUCAUUGUUGUCAUCGAUCAAGAUGCCAACUUCCAGACCUACCCCCUAGCCUUUGCUGCAGUUGACCGUCAGACCGAGGAGGCAUGGAGGUGGUUUUUUCACCAGCUCGAACAGUGUUUUCCAGACAAUAACAAGACAACCAUUUUAUCUGAUGGCGGUGGAAUGGCUGAAAGAGCUAUCUCAGCAUGCUUUCCUGAAGCCAGUCACGUUGACUGCCUACGUUGUCUUCAACUAUCAUUGAACCUGUACUUCCACGACAAUGGAAUUACCAACUUGGUGCGGGAGGCAGCUUGUGCUCACACAAUUGGCGUUUUCCGGCGGGCGUUCAACCGGAUUAAUGAAACCAACCCUGACUGUGCUACCUAUCUACAAUCUAUUGGCUUCCCUCGUUGGACGAGUUAUUGUCAAGCCGGCGACCGAUACAACAUCAUGACUGCCAGCGUUCUGCUUACAGCAAGUGGUCAGGAUGGAAAUUUUCAGGUUUUCCCUUUGGCAUAUGCUGUCGUGGACGCUGAAAACGAAGCUGCGUGGACAUGGUUUUUCACGAAGGUUGAACGGUUACUAGCAGACAGUUCUAACCUAACCAUCAUAUCUAAUAGAUCAGAGUCUAUCUAUUCUGCCAAAGCCAAGGUAUACCCUAAGGCGCAUCACGGCUGUUGCAUAGUUCAUCUUCAACGAAACGUUAAGUCUAGAUUUGAGACUAAGGAUCUUGCACAGCUUUUAUCAGAAGCUGCUUAUGCUUAUAGGCAGAAGUACUUCCGUCAGGCUUUCAAAAAAAUCCGUGACUCCAAUCCUCAAUGUGCUACUUAUUUAGACAACAUUGGUCAUGCCCACUGGUCCCGGAAGAAAGCUUCUCGGUGGGAGGGUUUUUCCACACCAGAAGUGGACAAAUUGAUAUCCAAACACCAGACAGACGACAACUUCAGCAAAAUCAAUCAUCUUUCAACAUGGAUUUGUGAAGUAAUUGGCCGUCUAGGUGAGAAAAAUCGUGUGAGUGUGCAUGACAAGAAAUGCACUUGUAAAGUCUACGACCGUCUACAGAUCCCUUGUAGUCAUGCUUUGAUAGCCGCAGACAGUUUGGGACUCCCACACACGUCUUUGCUUUCCGACUACUACAAAUCAACCACAUGGGCAGCAACAUACAAAGAAGUCAUAAAUCCUGAAGAAAACCCGGAUGAUGUCGACCUGCCACAGUCGAUUUUGGAUAUGGUCCUAUUGCCACCAAAAUCGAAGAGGCCACCUGGAUUGGACUACUAA